UUGCCUCGUAACCCGUGCCUGGUUUGGGGGGCAUUCUCAUGGCUCGUACCUGGCUUGUGGGGGGACAUUCUUUCCUUGUCAUGGGCUCUCCCCCUUUCUCCUUCCCUUCUUUCAUUUGCCUGCUCUUCGUCUGGCACAGUAAAGAAAACCACUUUCUCUUGCUGAACUAGAGCCCUCGGAAUUUCCUUCUCUGGGGCAGCCUUUGAUCGCUUGCCUGCCUUCCUGACAGGCUGAGGCCGCCUGCCCAGCUUCCCUUGGCUGCCCCCUUGGAAGGCCUGCUGAUACGUUGGGACCAGCACCAUCACCCACAGCAGGCUCCUACCCAGUCACUUUAUGCUCUGUAGUGAGGAUGUCCUCACGGCAGGUGACAGGAAAGCCAAUCCAUAUGGCUUAGUGAAAAAAGAAUUCGUUGGCUAAUGUCACCCAGAAGACGAGAAACCCGCAGAGAACCUGGCCUGACAGUGGCGGAGGAGUGUUUUCUCAGAAAGGAAUCGGGUGCUUGUCAGAGAAGGGGCAGUUGUUCAACACCUACCACCCCGCUGAGUCCAGGUUCCUUCCUGCGUCUCGUCCUUCCCUGUCACUCCUUCCUGCAUCUCAUCCUUGCCCAUCAGUCCCUCCUGCAUCUCAUCCUUGCCCGUCACUCCUUCCUGUGGUUCAUCCUUCCCCAUCAGUUGAACGACAUCCAUGCUGUCUCAACGGAUCUCCGCUUUUGAGCUGCGUUUUCGGGAAACGUACCCCGAGAAGGCUUCUGUUGGGUAUAAACAACCAGUCACAGGUUUUUUUGCACUGCAUAAAAAAUUCCAACAUUAAUAGAAAUAAGAAAGGAACGAUUCUCCAACAACCCUGCCACUCAAGCCAAUGAAACUCUUCACUUCUGGGGACACGUUCUUUCCUUUUUAUUCACGGGCAGCACAUGGUCAAUCCCGCCGCAUCUAGACACCUUUCUUCUUUCCCCUCCUGCGAUUCUAUUGAAGCAAACGCCACACGUCACAUGGUCCAUCUGUAAAUAGGAGGGGAGGACUUGAACACUCGCACUUGUGACAUCAAAGCUCGCUGGUCUCACCAUAUGCCUUUUACUCAAGCUUAUUCCAGUGACAGCAUCUUUGCGAAUGAAGAACUGCGACUGGACUCUUUUAAGAACUGGCCUCAUGCCUCCCCCGUGGGAGCCGCAGCUCUGGCGAAAGCAGGCCUUUUCUACACGGGAGUAAAGGACGUAGUCCAGUGCUUUUCCUGUGGAGUAUGUUUGGAGAAUUGGAAGGAAGGCGAUGACCCAGUAGAAGAUCACACCAAAUAUUCUCCCAAUUGUCAGUUUCUCCAAAAUAUGAAGUCCUCUGCAGGAGUGACUCCAGACCUCCAGAGCCGUGGUGAACUUGCUGGAUUAGCGGAAGCCACAUGUGAAAGCAAUCUUGCGGAUUCAGCAGCCGUUAGUUCUCCAGCGCCAGAGAUGGCCCAGGGUGAAGCGCAGUGGUUUCAGGAGGCAAAGGGUCUGAGUGAGCGACUGAGAAAAGCCUACACCAGCGCCCGUUUCUGCAACACGUCUUUGCUUGAAGUCGCUCCCUGCCUAGCCACUGACCAGUUGCUGGGUUGUGACCUGUCCCUCGCUUCAAAACGCAUCGGCAGUCAUGUGCAAGAGCCUGUGGUGUUGCCUGAGGUCUUUGCCACCUUGAACUCUGUCAUGUGUGUGGAGGGUGAAGCUGGUAGUGGAAAGACGGUCCUCCUGAAGAAAAUAGCUCUUCUCUGGGCAUCAGGAGGUUGCCCCUUGUUAAACAGGUUCCAGCUGGUCUUCUAUGUCUCCCUUAGCUCUGCCAGACUGGACCAGGGGCUGGCCAGCAUCCUUUGUGACCAACUCCUGGAGACAGAAGACUCUGUCACUGAGAUGUCCUUGAGGACCAUCAUCCAGCAGUUAAAGAAUCAGGUGUUGUUUCUUUUGGAUGACUUCAGAGAAAUGUGCUCAGUCCCCCGCGUCAUAGAAAAGCUGAUUCAAAGAAACCACUCGUCAAGGACCUGCUUACUGAUCGGGGUCCGUAGGAGCAGGGCCAGGGCCAUCCACCGACACCUACACACGAUUCUCGAGAUCAAAGCAUUUCCCUUCUAUAAUUCGAUCUAUAUAUUACGGAAGCUCUUUUCACACAACAUGAUCCGCCUGCGAAACUUUAUGAUUCAUUUUGGAAAGAACAAAAAUUUGCAGGGAAUCCAGAAAACUCCCCUCUUUGUAGUGGCAGUCUGUGCUCACUGGUUUCGGCAUCCUCUUGACCAGUCCUUUGAUGACGUGGCUGUUUUCAAGUCCUAUAUGGAAUGCCUUUUCUUAAAGUACAAAACCACGGCUGACCUUCUCAGGGCAACUGUGUCCUCCUGUGGGGAGCUGGCCUUGAAAGGAUUUUUUUCAUCUUGCUUUGAGUUUCGCGAUGACGACCUUGUGGAAGCAGGGGUUGAUCAAGACGAAGAUCUGGCCAUGUGCCUGAUGAGCAAAUCCACAGCACAGAGACUGAGGCCAGUCUAUCAGUUUUUAAGUCCUGCGUUCCAAGAAUUUCUUGCUGGCAUGAGGCUGACUGAACUCCUGGAUUCGGACAGGCAAGAAGAUCAAGAAUUGGGACUUCAUUAUUUGAGAGAAGUUAACUCAUCCCUGAUGGCUGUAAUUCCCUAUAGCAAUUUUUUCAACUAUGUCUCCUGUCACGCUUCAACAAAGGCAGGGCCAAAAGUUGUCUCUCAUUUGCUUCGUUUGGUGGAUAAGAAAGAGUCCUUGGAGAAUAUACCUGAAUCUGAUGACUACCUGAAACACCGUCCAGAAAUUUCAGUGCACAUGGAAUAUUUUAGGGUGUUGUGGCAAUUAUCUCCAAAAUAUUACUUUUCCCAGGUUUCAGAACAUUUACUUGCUCUUGCCAUAAAAAUCGCUUAUCAAAGCAAUGCUCUUGCUGCAUGUUCUCCAUUUAUUUUGAGAUUCCUUCAAGGGAGAACCCUGACUUUCAAUAUGCUUAAGUCACAGUACUUUUUUGACCACCCCGAAAGCCUAUUGUUGUUGAGAAGCAUCCAGUUCUCAAUAAAAGGAAGGAAGUUAAGCAGACUAGAUCUUUCAGUCCUGGAAACGUGUUUGGACAAAUCACAGGCACCGACUAUCGAUCAGGACUAUGCUUCUGCCUUUGAACAGGCGAAAGAAUGGGAGCAGAAUUUAGCAGAAAAAGAGGAAAACGUCGAGAGUUUUCUGGAUAUGCAACUCAGUGCACCACCAGACAUCAGCACUGGCUAUUGGAAACUUUCUCCAAAGCCGUACAAGAUUCCCCUUCUGGAAGUCCAUGUGACUGAUAUCGACGCUGUGGACCAGGAGAUGCUCAGGGUUCUAACGGCAGUUUUCUCAGCUUCACAGCACAUCGAACUCCACCUAAACGACAGCAGGGGCUUUCUGGAAAGCGUCCGCCCGGCCCUCGACCAAUACAAGGCCUCAUUCACCAAGUGCUCCAUAAGCAGGUUUGAGCUGAGCGCAGCCGAUCAGGAGUUGCUUCUCACCCUGACUUCCCUGGAGUCUCUGGAAGUCUCAGGGACCACCUGCCUACGAGAUCAACUCUUUCCUAAUUUGGACAAGUUCCUGUGCCUGAAAGAGCUGUCUGUGGAUCUGGAUGAUAAACAAAAUGUUUUUUCAGUCAUUCCUGAAGACUUCCUAAAUCUCCACCAUAUGGAGAAAUUAUUGAUCCGUAUUGCAGCUGAGCAUGGUCCUUCCAAACUAGUCAGAUUAAUUCAGAAUUCUCCAGACCUUCAAGUUUUCCACCUGCAAUGUAAUUUCUUUUCGGAUUUUGAGUCUCUCAUGACUGUACUUGCUUCUUGCAAGAAACUCAAAGAAAUUAAGUUUUCUGGACAGUUUUUUAAAGCUAUCCCAUUUGUCAUUGUUUUGCCAAAUUUUACUUCUCUGAAGAUACUAAAUCUUGGACACCAAGAAUUUCCUGAUAGGGAAACAGCUGAAAAAUUUGCCUAUACUUUAGGUUCUCUUGAUAACCUGGAAGAAUUGAUCCUUCCUACUGGGGAUGCCGUUCAUCAAGUGGCCAAACUGAUCGUCCAGCAGUGUGAGCAUCUUCGGGGUCUCCGAGUCCUCUCAUUUUACCAGACUUUGAAUGAUGACAGCCUCAUGGAAAUUGCCAAGGUAGCAAACAGUGGAGGUUUCCAGAAACUUGAGAACUUAAAUCUUUCAAUCAAUCACAAGAUUACAGAGGAAGGAUAUAGAAACUUCUUUCAAGUACUGGACAGCCUGCCACGCCUGCAAGAGCUGACUAUUUCCAGGCAUUUCACGGAGUGUAUCAAAGCUCAGGCAGCAACAGUGAAGUCUCUGAGCCAGUGUGUGUCACGCCUGCCCAGCCUGAUCAGACUGAACAUGUUAAGCUGGCUCCUGGAUGCAGAAGACGUCACACUGCUCACGGCCAUGAAAGAGAGACACCCGCAAUCGAAACACUUAACUUUUCACUGGAAAUGGAUAUUGCCGUUCUCGCCAAUCAUUCAGAAAUAGAAGAUUUAGCUAAAAAGCUGCUGAAUCAAGAAAAUUCUUGUCGACAGUUCUAAAAAUUAUCCAAGAACAUUUUAUUAAAUAUUGCCUACAAAAGAGAAUUUAUAAAAUGUGUAAGGCAUGUAAUUAAAAAAAUACUUUGCUUAUGCAUCACCGAGCUUAAGAAAUAGAUUACCAGAGCUUUGAAGUCCCUGAAUAACCAGCUAAAGAUCAGUCCUUCAAUGGAGUUUAUACAGCUAACCCCUGUCAUCUAGGGCCGGCAUCAGGUUUUCAGGCUAACUGUGGCGAGGAACAAGGCCUGGGGAGGGGUGUCGGGGGCGCUGAUCUGUCUUAAAGCCACAGCAUGGAAGUAUUCAAGUUAUGCAUGAAACAGCUAACAAGGUCUGAAGCAGUCCCACACACAGGUGAAAUAAGAGUCCACUGGAUCAGGGUCCAGGGAGGUAUUCCUUAAUCCUUGUCGGCUCUGUUUUGUAUAUUUAAUUAACUGGUAUAGGAGAGUUUACUUAUAGCUUCUCUUUAUCCAUUGCCAGUGUAAGGAAAUAGGAUUUACGGAAAAAUGCUUUUAUUCCAGAGCCUUUUGAGUCAACAACUUAUUGUAUAAGCAAAAAACAGAGUAGAAUUUAGAACUACUGGAGAUCAGCUAAAUUUGUGUUUUCCGGAAUACUGAGUAUCAAACACGUUGUUAGAUAACCACGCGUCUGAGACUUCAACAUAUGCAUUUAUAACGGCCUUGGAAUUCUCCUGUGAACCCAGUCUGCGCGGGGAGAACAUGUGUUGUCUGCUGGUGACUCCAUGUUGCUGGAUUCUACAUCUGCUCGUCCAGAACUGCACUCCUGCCCGUUAAGCAGCAGAAUCUUCUGAAUGGCUAGAAGAGCAUUCCAAAUUCAUGAUGCCAAUUAGGUUGCAAAACAACCGCUCUGUACCCUAAAUGUUAUUUUUACACAAGGAAAAAGCCAGCAUGUAUGUAUGUAUGUAUGUAUGUGUGGUAUGAUCCCAUUUGUUUAAAAGGCAUACUCGCAUGUUGCUAGAUGCAUUAAGAAUUUCUGGAAGUAUACCCCAGAAAAUGUUCAUAGUGGCUAACUCUAGGAAGGCAUUCUUUUUUACUUUCUCCCUUUUUAUACUGCUUUUUUGUUUUACAAGUGCCUGUGUUAGUUUUAUACUUAAAAUAAAAACUAGUUUAGCAUUACACCAUCAAUGGGGGCUCCUCUGGAGGGUGAGAUUACUAGAAGGUGAGAUGGGUUAUCAUCUUGCUUGUCUGAUCUUAUAGCUAAUACAUUUGUAAUCAAAAAGGUUUUAAGUAUUAGAGUCCAAUCAGUGACAGAGACCACACGGUGAUUUGAACGGGCAAGUUUACCGUAGAGCUAUGAACUGUCUGCGGGCCUGGAGUAACGGGGAUUGGCUGAGUGAGGAAGUGAGAGCUCUAAGCAGAGGGUGAGAACAGCUCUUCACCCUAGGCCGAGGCAGAGCUCCCAAAGGAGGGCCCCCAGGGCUGAGACCCAGACGUCGUCAGAGAGGCACAGCAUGAACCUCAGGUUUGCAGAGUUGCAGCCCGAGGAGGUGAGAGCAUGGGGCACUUUGCUGAGCAGGUGCCAUGGGGGCGCCGCGUGCUGCUGGCCACUGGGUCCUGCUGAAGCCAGGCACUGCACAGGUGCGCCCAGUUGGAGCGGCGGCUGCAGGGCUCUGCUGGAGGGGCACCUGGAACCAGAAGACGGCCCCUGCUCCUCGGGGGCCUCACAGUGGCGCUCUACCAACAAAGCUUUCCACCGUGCUGGCUGACAGGAGAGGUACCUGCAGGGUCCAGACCCACUGCUGCAGAGUCGCCAUCGAAAGCUGGAUUUCGAUGUGACAGGCAAUAACAUGAUGACUGGUACAAGUAUUACUACAUUUAAUAGUUCAGACCUAAACAAAAAGGACCCUGGUCAAAUUUCUUAAGAUUGAGUGACAGGACAUACGCACAUGCAUGUUUAUGCAGCCAUGGGAAAUUUCAAUCAAUCAAUCUUACAUAAAAAAAUUUACCCCUUUAUAUACGUAUACACAACUGAGAUUCA